ACUUACUGGAUUAGAUUCACUCACUUUCGAGCAACGACGGUAUUUGUCAAAUUCUUAGUAACAUUUACUCAGUGUUAGAAAGCAAAAGCUUUUGCUGUAUGAAGAUAUUUUGAAUUUUUACCUGGCACCUCUGGAAACAUAAAAAAAGCAGUGAAUUGGCGAAGAAAUGAAUUCAACUGAAGAGGCUGAAGCAAAGUGUAUAGCAAUUUCUAUUGCUACCGACUUUGAUGAAAUCAACGAGGACUGUGACGAGAAAUCUAGACAAUACUUUGUAAUGCGAAACUUUAUCGCUGCUUAUGAAUCACUGCCAGAACUUUGGAACCCAUCGGACCCAAUGUAUACAAACAGAAAAGCCAGGAUCAAUGGUCUCGAAAAAUUAGCAAUUAUUUACCGUGACUGGAAACCAAGAGCCAAACAAGAAGAUGUAAAAAGAAAAAUCAACACAUUGCGCUCUAACUACUGGAAGUUGUGGAAAAAGGUAGAACAGUCGAAGCUAACGGCGCUAAACGAAAAUGAUGUAUAUCAACCUACUUCGUGGGUGUUUCAUGCGUUGAGGUUUCUCGGCGAUCUAGACCAACCAGUAGAAAAUACCAAAAUUUCAGCUGAGAAUACUCAGAUUUUGAAAGAAGCUCCAGAUGAGAUAGCUACUACCGAACAUAUUACGCCCGUGCGAAAAAGGAAGCAGUUUCGAAAAAGAAUUAUCAAAUCAGUAAACCCAUUGAAAACCAGUCAAUGGCAAAAAGAUUUACAUGAUAGUAGUUGGGACUUACCUACUGUAGCUAGAGUCUGGGGUGAGAAAUUGAUCGACCUUGAUCCCCAGCAACGACUUUUUGCAGAAAAAGCAAUAAAUGACAUUUUGUUCGAAGCCAAUAUGGGUUGUUUACAUAGGAACUCGGUAAAGAUAAAUGAAGACUCUUCUAGCGGAGAUCAUAAUUAUGAACAGAGAUCGAUACAUUUGGAGCAGUCGUCGACGCAGCAUUUUGUAGCAACGUCUGAUAUAGUGAACGACGAUUUUGGAAGUGAUUCGAAUGUACAGUGAUGAGUGACAUUACAUACCGAUUUUAUCUUUAAAUAUUCGAUUUUAUGUUCUUUUUUUUGACAAGGUAUAUUAACGAGCAAUGUCGUUUUGGUUUAAAGUCAAAGCUAACCCAUCCAGUACACACUUUAAACAGUAGUUGAGGUUUGCAUCAAGCGAAAAUGCAAAAUGUCUCAAAUUUCAUCAAUAUAGGUCAGAGUCGUCACAGUCUGCACCGAACAAGGACUGGGAUUACGUCAGUGGUCCCGAUCCGUUUUAAGAUCGUUCAAAUCGCGACCGUCCUGUAAUAAUGAUCAACUUUUGGCCACGUUUCAGAGUAAAAUAGAUUUAUAUUCUUACCUUGUCUCGUUUCAUUUGCUCCUUCCUUCAAUUUGUCAUGUCAGUAGUUUAGCUUCAAUUCAAUAAUGGUUAACUCUAAAAAAUUUAAUUUACAGGCUCCUAGAAGGAUCGCCAAUGUGCAAACCUGUUAAUCACUGUACAGUUAACCACAGAAUCACCUAAACAAACGGUUGCUGUGAUGCAGUAAUCAGUUUCAUCAAACAAACACCCGAUGUGAGCGAACCCGAUAAAAAGGGCUCUCCGCAUUUGGCCGACCCGAGCUCUCCGGCAUCAACUUAUUUCUGCUUCGGUUAUGGCUGAGCUACCGGCGUGCUCAUGCAUAGGUACCCCGUAAGAGCCCCUCGAAGCUCUUUUCGCUUUUGCUCUCUCGUUUACGCUCUUUCUGUACGGGCCGUCGCUACGAUGCGAAAAACUCGGUAAGGAAUAUCGUUGCCAAGAUAUGAAUUUUAUGUCGGGUCGGGCGUACCUAUACAUGCGCACACCGGCAGCUCAGUCAUAACCGAAGAGCAAAAAAAAGAUCGGCGAUAACGGCGUCGGCCAUGUGCGGUUUGACCUUAAGAAUCAGGUUCGAAACUGACUUAAUUUUUAGUUGAAUUACAUCAAAACUAGGUUCUAAGUCGGCUUCAAACAAACGGUUUACCUGCAGCUAGAAUGGAAACUGGGUUGGGUUUGAGAUUAAACGAAAACGACAUUAAUAUGCCAUUAAAAGUAUGUCCCAUAUUGUGUGGUUUUUCUUAUCAACAUGACAAAAAGUUAGCAGACAUAUAAAGUUUAUCUGAUUAAAUUAUUCAGCAAUAAAAGUCUAUGAAGAAUUUCAAA